CACACACACUCAGGGCAGAGGAAAGCUUAGACUCAGAUACUAUUUCACAUAGUCACAGGCACAGAUAUUCAUGUACAAACACACAGGCACACACACUAACAGACACUCUUCUUCCUUAAUGUUCUGGAGAAUUGUAUCUCCUCCGUUCAUCAGGGGAAAGUAAAGGACAAACUUGAAGCUGAGGAGAGGAUUCGCACAGGAGAGAAGAAGGAUCUUAACUGGACAGGAGGCUGUUGCUGCUGUUGCUGCUGUUGCUGCCUCUGCCUUGGAUACACACACUCACACACACAACAGGCUCUUUUACCGUUUCAGAGGAAUGGGGCCACAGCUCAGUGAAUGACAGAUGAGAGCCUUGCUGCAGUGAAGCUGUGUGAGAGUGCCUCCUGAACAGUGAGAGUGUGAGAGACUUGAUGGAGAUCGUCUCCCAGCGCACCUUGUGAAACUCACCAGUGCCGAUACCUUCUGUUGCAUGUGGGAAAACCUAGGAUGGAAGACCCACCAAGCUCUGCUCUGAGUCACUGGAACAGCACCCGCAACCUCCCCCAUUGCCUCUCUUCUUCACACACUGACACCGCCGUCUUCUCCAGCACCACCCCCAGGACCUGACACAGACCACGGCUGGACAAGAAGGCGGGUAAGAAGAUUUCAGGAUGUUUGUGAACUUUCGUCGUAUACGCAAGUGCCAAUGUGUGCAGCUGAUGACCACAUGCCUGGUGCUGUCAGUGGUGAUGGUUUGCUGGGAGCAGCUGGACAACAGCGUGGUCAGCCACGUCAAGUCCUACUCCUAUCGCUACUUGGUCAACCGCUUCACCUUCAUCAACAAGAGCUUCACUAUCCCGCGUGAGGAGGCCCGGAGUUUCAGUAACUUCCGUUACCUGUUGGAUCACCCGAAUAAGUGCACUGGCCAAGAUGUCCUCCUCCUACUGUUUGUCAAAACCUCCCCUGAGAACACCGAGAGACGUAACGCAAUCAGAUCCACCUGGGGUAAUGAGACUUAUAUCCGUAAUUCCCUGGGAGUAACAGUCAAGGUGGUGUUCGCCUUAGGAGCACCUCGGACCAAGACGGAGGAACCUUCGUGGAGCAAGAAGAGCGGAGUGGGCUUCCAGGAGGAGCUCGUACGUGAGGACCGUCUCCAUGGUGAUUUGAUCCAGCAGGACUUUUUAGAUUCGUUCCACAACCUGACCCUGAAACUGAUCCUGCAGUUCCACUGGGCGCACACCCGCUGUGCCCAUGCCCACUUCCUCAUGACUGCUGACGAUGAUAUCUUUGUCCACAUGCCUAAUCUUGUGAGCUACCUGCAGGACAUGAGCAGGAGAGGAGUCACGGACUUUUGGAUUGGACGCGUGCACAGAGGGGCACCGCCUAUCCGCCGCAAGGACAGCAAGUACUACGUGCCCACUGAAAUGUACCAGUGGCCGGCUUACCCCGAUUACACGGCUGGGGCCGGGUACGUGGUUUCCAGGGAUGUAGCGGACAGAAUCUACCAGGCCACCCUUACUCUGAAUGCCUCGAUUUACAUAGAUGACGUGUUCAUGGGCAUCUGUGCCAAUGCCAUAGGUGUGUCACCACAGGAGCACGUCUAUUUCUCAGGGGAAGGCAAGGCGCCCUACCACCUGUGUAUUUACGGCCAGAUGAUGACCUCACAUGGUCAUGUGGAGGACAUCUAUGACCUCUGGAAGGCAGCAACACACCCGCAGGUCAAACAGAGGACCUCUGGCCUCAUCGGGAGGCUGUACUGCACAGUGGUGAAACUGGCUCUCCUCUGUAAACCAUACUAUUUCAACACAUACCCUUGCAGAGCAGCUUUUUUGUAGUACUUUUUGAGAUUACGUGAGCGUAUGUGUGAGAGAGAGUACAAACAGAGAGAGAGAGUAUCUUGGUCCAUAAUGAAAUGGGGAUCAUUACCGUGAUCAUUACCUCAGUCCUUUCACUCGGACAACCAAUCAGCUGAAACACUGGAGCUUAACUUCAGUGUUGCUCAAGUGAAACAGACCGUAUGCAUCAUGAAUCGUGUCAGUUGUUAUAAAUGUGAGAUUAUGAAGGCCAGUCAUACCGAUCUGGUAGCCUAAAGAUGUUGUGAGCCUGACUUCCCAUGGACAGCAAAGACUGAAUGUGUUAAACAAAAUGGCUCUUAAAUAAAUGCUGUUCAGAUGUACUAUUGACAAAUGAGAUAAUAAAUGCCUUUUUGGUUCUUACUUCCCAUCUCAUCCAGUCAUCCACUGCUGUAACUCACAAGAAGGCUGCUAAAAGAGGAGCUGCAGUAUUAUAAUUAUUAUGAUAAUGAUAAUGAUAAUUAUUAUUGUUAUUAUUAUUAUUAUUAUUGUAAAUGUAAGGUUUUCUUCACAGUAUGGCAGCUAGUCUCACUGGAAUUAACAUGUUUACAUGCCUACAGAGAAAACAACACAAAAGCGCACAUCAGAAAACAUUUCAAACUUUUUAUUUUCUAAUUAUUGAUGGAAGUUUUGGGAGCCCUGUGAUUCUAAGGUGAUGUUGUGAGGAGUAAUGGUACAUCUGUAUGUGCCUUAUGUGUGAAUCGCUGUCAGUAACAUACACAAUGGUUACAUGUCAGUGUCAAAAAUGUCUUGACCUCAAGAAGUGAAAAAUUCCUCACACUGAACUUAAGUUAUAUAAUGGGAAAACACUUUGCAAUAGCUUGCUAUUCUAAAAAUAAUGCUGUCUUUAGAGCAGAACAGCAAAU